AUGUCCAUGUCAACGCUCGAGAAGGAGCUCGAGAAGUUCACAAAGACCGCACGGCUGUCGAGCACGCUGGACGAUGUCGACAACAUCAUACGUCUUCUUACACAAGCAAGAUCAGAGGUUGAGAGAGCAAACGACCCUCAUGUCACCAGCAUUACACUCACGAAGCUGCAAAACCCAAUACAGAAGGGCUUAGAAGCCGUAAACGAUGAUCUCAAGACCGUACACAAGGGCCAGGGCAGGUUCGCCAAGGCCUUGGACAGGGCCUUCACCGGCGACAAGGUCAUCAAAGGUGUCCUACCGGAAGACCAUGAUCCUAUGGCCGAGCACCCAACCCUCAUCAACCGGGCAAUUGCCAUGCACCUGCUACGAGAAGGACAAUUCGGUGUCGCCUCAACCUUCAUAAAAGAAGCACAGCCGCAACAACCAGAUACUUCUAUCUCGAGACUCCAAUCACAACUUUCUCCUCCGAGCCUACAAUUACCUGAAUCGCCCCGUUCCACAGCAUCCACAGAUACCCCCGUAGCAGCAGCAGCAACAGCAGCAGCCGGCGUAGACGACGAGCUCUCGACUCUGCAAUCCGAAGCCCUGCAAUCCUCUUUCGCAGACAUGUACUCAAUCUUGUCCGCGCUGAGAGAGCACGACCUACUCCCUGCAAUAGAAUGGGCUCGUCUUAAUGCCCAGGAACUUGAGACCAGAGGCUCCAACCUUGAGUUCGAACUCUGCAAACUUCAAUUCAUCUGGUUAUUUAAGGGUUCUUCAGUGAAUGGUCUUCCAGAUUCGGCUCAGAACGGAUGCUUAGGGGCAUUGCAGUAUGCCAGAGAGAACUUUGGACGCUUUCAAUAUCGGCAUCUACGUGAGAUUCAACAACUCAGUUGUGCCAUGGUAUAUUCAUCGAAUCUGCCCACUUCGCCGUACAGAUCCAUGUUCGACAUUACUAUCGCAUUCGACGAGGUAGCAGCGUCGUUUACCCGGGAAUUCUGCUCGCUACUUGGCCUGUCUGCGGAAUCACCACUGUAUGUUGCGGCAACAGCGGGCGCCAUUGCCCUACCACAGCUGAUGAAGUUCCUCAACGCCGUCAAAGGCAAGAACACCGAAUGGACGACAACCCAAGAGAUGGCAUUUGAAACGCCGCUACCAAGGAGCAUGAUCUACCACUCUAUAUUCGUCUGUCCUGUGAGCAAAGAGCAAGCAACCGUCGAAAAUCCACCCGUUAUUAUUCCUUGUGGACACGUGCUUGCGAAAGAGAGUUUGCAGAGGCUAAGCAAGGGCAAUCGGUACAAGUGCCCAUACUGCCCAACCGAGGGACUGGUCAAGGACGCGAAAGAGAUCAUCUUGUAA